AACAUCACAGACAAGAAAGAAGGCGACAGGCCGAGGCGUAGAUCGGUGCUCGAGCAGGAGGAAAGGAACAGACGAAACAAUGUCCGACAUCAGCCAGUUCUCUCACUAGCUAGAACGAGUUCUCGCCUUGACUGCGUCUCUUGCAUCGACCAAAAUCCGUUUGCCUUUAAUUUAUGAAGACCAUGAGAAGCGCUGGCCUGCCGACCAAGCCAUACACUACAAUUCCAAUUCUUGGUCUAUCGGGUUUCCAGGGUAUAAUUGUCCAAAUUUAUCUAUCAAUCUAGAACUCGUGAAAUUCGAUAUCAUUCCAAACAGCUCCAGCCCCUCUGGACCCAGUACUAUGGCCUCCGCUUUACCCGAAGCACCGCUGUCGGUGAUUGACUGGGGAAAGUUGAAGUCGGGAGAUCCAGACGAAGGCAAGAGACUGCUCGCUGCAUGCGAGGGACAGGGUUUCUUUUACCUGGACUUGAGCAGUGCACCUGCCUUCUUGCAAGACCACAAGUCAGUCCUGCGCUUUAUGGAAGAUUAUUUUCAUCAAGACUUGACUGAGAAGAUGAAGGAUGACCGACGGAGCGAUACGCAUGGAUAUGAACCGGUCGCUACCUCCACCGGAGCCAUGAUGUCGUUACCUGAUUACUAUGAAUCGCUGAAGGCGUCGCGUGACGAGCUGCAUAGUGAUAGUAGCGCCCUGGCCCCGGGGAUUCGCAAACACAAGGAUCUUUUCCAUCGAUUCGGUAACAUGGCCCAUGAUGUCUCUAUGGUUGUCUUGCAGGAGCUCGACCGCCAGCUCGGGUUGGGCGGCGAGUCUGCCUCGUUCAAGGAAUUCCAUCGUGAAGAGGCCGAGUCCCUCACCACACUGUCAAUGUUCCGCUACCCCAAGCAGGAGACACUCGACCUUGGGGUGGGCCACAACAAGCACACGGACAUUGGAACCCUGACAUUCCUCCUGUGUGAGCAGUGGGGACUGCAGGUGCUAUCCAAAGACCCUGCGGGAUGGCGAUUCGUGGCUCCACGGGAAGGCCAUGCGGUGAUCAACGUGGGCGAUACGCUUCGCUUCCUAUCAGGCAACCGCUUUCGGUCGGCUGUGCAUAGGGUUAUUCCCACACAGCGUCUGCAGCACGAGGACCGCUACAGCAUUGCAUACUUUUUGCGAGCGGCAAACGAUACCAUAUUCACUGAUAGCACGGGCCGGAAUAUAUCGGCUAAGCAAUGGCAUGAUGAGAAGUUCGACGUAUUCCGGGAGACGCACGAAGAGCAGGAGAGACAGCCGAUUCUCACGGGUGGAAUGGAACGUCAAGAAGCCAUUGUGGUCUGAGGCUCCAGAGAUAUGUAGCAUCUAUUAGUAUAUUGGUACUAGGCAGAAUGGAACUGUGACAUUGUUAUUUAGCAUCUGUGUCAUACCGGUC